AUGCGUAGAAAGGCCUUCCAAGGUGACAGUCUGGACACCUUCCAGGCCGCCUAUGAGAGCCUUCAAGCGGAGACGGACACUCAGUGCCUGGUAGCUGCUGCUCGUCGUCUGGCACAGGCAACUGCCCAGAUGAUCUCUGAAGUCAAAACACAGGCUGAAGCGGCUAGUGCAGCUGGCGAAGCGGACCGACAAGCUCGUCUUUUGGCGGCAGCAAAGCAAUUGGCAGACGCCACCUCGAGUCUCAUAAAUGCGGCAAAGGUAGGCCGCCAAAGCUUUGUUAAUUCCCACCCUAUAUUCAUUCCACAUUUAUCUUUCAUUGUUUAUCUUGAGUCCCAUCUGAGCCAUAACUUUCAUAGUAGUAAGCUUAAAGUCGAAAGUGGUAUAUAG